UAGGAGUGAUCGCAUAAUGAAACAGCUGUCGCAUCACUGCGAAGUUCACACGUCCCGCUGGAUAUGACGUUACAAUGAAAUGGAACAUCUGACAGAACGCGAAGAGAUAGUCUUCCACUUUAUCUAUCGGACGGUCGGCGUAAGGCUCUUUGGACUGACUGGUUCCACCGACAAGAUACCCACGUAUACGAGCACGGAACUCUAUUAUGAUUAAGGCACUCCUCUUACUUUCGAUACUGGUGUUUUCUGUUCGCGAUGUAGUCUUGGCGUCCGAUUCCAGCCACUAUGUCAACGAGUGGGCUGCAGAAAUUCACGGUGGUGUAGAUCAUGCCAAAAGGGUGGCUCGAGACCACGGGUAUGAAUUUAUCCGAGAGGUACAUGGUUUUGACGACCACUACGUUCUUCGUCACAACGCCGUCCCGUCAAGGUCAAAACGUAGUGCGGCGCACCACACCAAACGACUGGUUAACGACAAACGGGUUCAAUGGGUUGAACAACAGAUAGCAAGAUCACGUGAGAAGCGAGGAUUUCUUCAAGAUCGGCGCUCCGAGGAAAACAAAGUAUACCGAGAUUUAAAACUCAACGACCCACUGUGGAAGGACCAGUGGUACCUGUAUGACACCCGAGAAGAUUUAAACGAGCCUAAGCGAGAUCUGCACGUGAUCCCUGUCUGGGGACAUAACUACACGGGAGAAGGGAUCAUUAUCACGAUCCUGGAUGAUGGACUUGAGUGGAAUCACACCGAUUUACAUGCCAACUAUGAUCCAGUCGCCAGCUUCGACGUCAACGACAACGAUCCGGACCCGUUCCCGCGUUACGACUACACGAACGAGAACAAACACGGAACGAGAUGCGCCGGCGAGGUAUCCAUGAUAGCUAACAAUGGCAUCUGCGGGGUGGGCGUGGCACCCAAGUCGAAAAUUGGAGGAGUCCGGAUGUUGGACGGUAAGGUGACGGAUCACAUCGAGGCUGCGGCUAUCGGUCACAACUGUACGUACAUCGACAUCUACAGCGCCAGCUGGGGACCCAACGACGACGGCCUCACCGUGGAGGGGCCCGGCCACCUCGCCAAGAAGGCUUUCGAACGCUGCAUCAAAGAAGGUCGAGGCGGCAAGGGUGUGUUAUACGUCUGGGCUUCCGGUAAUGGCGGCCGACUGCACGACAACUGCGACUGUGACGGCUACACCGGAAGUAUUUACACCCUGUCUAUCAGCAGCGCGUCCAUCUCGUACCACAAACCUUGGUACGGAGAACGGUGCGCCUCCACGAUGGCCACCGCCUUUUCAAGCGGGUCUUUCGGGGAAAGCAAGAUCGUGAGCACUGAUUUACACAACAAGUGCACCGACCAACAUAGCGGGACUUCUGCAGCAGCGCCCCUAGCGGCGGGGAUAUUCGCACUCCUGCUAGAAGCCAACCCCUCCCUGACAUGGCGAGACGUACAGCACCUGGUCGCGUGGACCUCCCAGGUGGACCCGAUCGAGCAUAACAAAGGCUGGAACCGAAACGCCGCCGGCUUCCUCGUCAACACGGCCUUCGGGUUCGGCGUGCUUGACGGCAGCGGCUUGGUGACGGCGGGCAAAACCUGGCCGCACGUGCCCGAGAAAGCCGUCUGCGUGGUGAAGGGGCGCUGGAAUACGGGAUUCCCAGCAAAACUGGAAGGACCGCGCAACAACAAGCGACUGGAGGUGGAGAUCGAGACGAGCGGUUGCAAGGGUCAGGAGAACGAGAUUAACGUUCUCGAGCAUGUCAUUCUCGACCUCACCAUGGCGUACACGAAGCGAGGCGACAUCGACAUGUUCCUCGUGUCGCCCAAAGGAACCAAGGUGAUGCUGCUAUCGAAGAGACAGAGAGACAGAUCCACCAAGGGAUACAAAAAAUGGCCGCUGAUGUCCGUACACACGUGGGGCGAGCAUCCACGUGGGAAAUGGAGAGUGAUAAUUGUAGACGACACGGGAAACGAGAACCGGGGAGAGGUGCAGGAACUGACGUUGACGCUGCACGGAACCAAGGCAGUGCCGAGUCACAUGCAGAAAGGACCGCGCACCUACAACAAGGACUAUAACCUCGUCCAAAACGAGAAAAAGAGAGAAGCUGAACGAAAACCAGAGUAAGCAGAAACAAAGUGAGAAUCCAUUCGCGGCCCUGGUCAACAACAUCCGAACGAGGAUAGAAGCGCAGGCCAUCGUGAACGCCAUAAUGUCAUAACGGGUACCAGGCCAUACCAAGGAAAUACAUCUAGAUCUACAAACAUACUUAAACAGACUAAAUAUUUAUUUUAACUCGGUUCUUGUCUAAAUUACGUGUAAUACAAUGUAUUUUCGAAACAUAUCUUUAUUCUUGGAUUCUGCUUUCUUUUUAAACGGAAUUAAGUUAAUAUUGUUGAUGUAUAAUAUUAUGUUAUUAUGUUAUACGCUGAGACAGAAUAAGUUUUGAUUCUGAAUCGGGACGUGUCUUAACGAAAUCGGGUUAUUGUGCAAAAUUUUAUUCAAAAGAACAAUAUCAAAUACUGGCUUAAACUAAAUAUGAAUGAUGAUCGAAAACAACAACAACAUGUCUCUUAAAGGCGAUUCCAGAAAUAACGACCGUGUUAUGUUUUAGUGUUGUUAUUUUCCUCUUUCAAUUAAUCACUAAUUUUGCUUUCACAUAUUAAUUCGCAAAACACUUUCUCCUUCAUUUCAAAUAUAUUUUUUAAAACAGAUUUAAAACUAAAAGCAUAAAAAAAUUGCCUUGCUACAUUAGAUAUUUUUGUUAAAAACUUGCAUUUUAUAUGUUAAGUUUUCCGUUUUUUGUUUUGUUGUAUGUUAGUUUUUUUCCUGAACGCUAGUUUUAUUGUACAGCCUACUGUCACAAUAUGACCCCCUUAUCGUAAUUUUGACAUAUUGAGUUUCAGAGUUUAAUUUGUAAUUUUAAUUUUCUAUAUUUACAACUCAACACAUCUUUGGUGGUAGAAAUUAACGCAUUAAUGUGAACCUUAUGUAAUUAGAAAUAAAUAACUGAUAUCAGUUUCGGGUGAAAGAGUCUGCCCCAAGUUUGCCGCCAUUUUCAAGAUGUUGCCGACUGACAUUACGCACCAAUUUCGUGUUUCGAAUAUCAGUGUUGGUAUAUUCAAUAUCUUUCUGAUCGUACUAAUAUUUGUAAUAGCUCAAAUGUAAUCUCAUAUAUAGAAAAUAGAAAAUACUAAAUAGGUAGGCUUUAGAUACCAUUUAUCUUACAGUUGUUUUAUAACCUAUCUAACCAGCGAAAGCGAGUUGGGUACGUUUUUAAACAAGGAGAUGUAAGAUAAAUGAUAUUUGACGGACACGAAUGUAGUAUUCUAUUUCUUACACAUCUUCAAAACAAGGUUUAAAUAAAUUUAAACGUCAUUUCCAACUAAAACGUAUUUCUGUUACUAGCGCAUAACAGAUAAAUCAAUUUCAGGUUAACUUAUACGUCACA